GGGAACCUUCCCUGCACUCUUCCUCCACAAGCUCCCUCUCCACUUUUCUUUUGUUGGGUUGUUGUCUCUCUCUCUCUUCAAAGUCCAACCCCCAUUCUUCUUUAAAGCCCCCAAAAGCCCCCCUCCACCCCACCUCCAACACUUCUCUAUCACAUUGCACUGCUGAGUGAGUGCGCUCUCUCUCUCUCUCUCUCUCUCUCUGAUCAAGACUUCCAUUGUAGCAGCAAGAACUGCUGCCAGCAAACAAGCAGGCUUCUCUCCACAAGUUGCUGCUUGACAUGGACAGCCCUGAUCAGUGUGCUUCAAGAUUGAGUCGAAAGAGGAAGUUCGAGUACCAAGAAGAUGAUGGAACCCUGGACUUGGAUGAUCUCAAUCAAGACCUCCUCGAAAAGGUGCUCUCGUGGCUACCAACCUCUGCGUUCUUCCGCCUGACUUCAGUCUGCAAGAGGUGGAAGUCGGUUGCUGAUUCCACGAGCUUCAAGCUCGCCUGCUCCGAGAUUCCUUCCCGUCAGCCGUGGUUCUUCAUGGUUGGCUCGUGCCUCGACAAGUCGGUCGUCUUCGACUCGACCGAAUCCAAGUGGAAGCAACUCAAUCACCCAUCCUUCCUCCGAAAGGACCUCGGCUUUAUGCCCGUGGCCUCAUCUGGUGGCUUGAUCUGCUUCCGAAAUGCUUCCGGAGACUUCAUCGUGUCCAAUCCCAUGACAGGGUCCUUCCGUGAGCUCCCGCAUACUGAGAACCAAACGGUUCAUGCCAUUGUGAUGCAAUCAAGUCCUGGCCCUUGCCACUCUUUCGAGCUUGUGUUGGUGUGCGGUGAAUUCCCAAGGCUCUCUUUCAAAACUUUCAAUUCGGCACUCAAUAGAUGGGGUGACGCCAAUCCACUCAGCAAAAAUCACCACGAUUCGGGGGAGAUCGAAGAGGAUGCUGUCUACUUCCUUAGUAAGGCAGGCAAUCUCGUGUCUACCAACAUGCUCAGAAGCCCAUCAAAGCAAUAUUCAUCAGUCACGACCAUGAAGAAUGGUAAUGAGAUUGUCUAUUUCCUAAGCUCCUCAGGGGCGGUCGUGGCUUGCGACUUGACAAGCAAGUGCUUCUCCGAGUACCCGAGGCUACUGCCCAUUUGGUCCGAGUACUCCAUCGACAUAGUGGAGUGCAGAGGCGAGAUGAUAGCCGUGGUCCUAUCGGAAUUCUUCGAGAGCGCGAGCCUCAGGAUGUGGCGAUACGACGAAGGCAACAGGUCUUGGCAGCAAGUCAUGGCAAUGCCGCCUGCCAUGGCCCAUGAAUUUUAUGGCAAGAAGGUGGACAUAAACUGCCUCGGCGCCGGCGACCGGAUAUUGAUAUGCUUGAAUUCGAGCGAGCUGUUUAGGUACAUCCUUUAUGAUUCAGUCGGCAAUGAAUGGACUGAAUUGCCAACCUGUGACGUAAAGGGUGAAGUAAUGGAGUUCAUGUCUGCCUUCUCCUUUGAGCCCAGGAUUGAGGCUUCUGUGUGAAAAAAAAAAAAAAAAAAAAGAUUUAGUCGUCUGCGGAGUGUUUGUAGUUGAGGGAUUAGGAGGAGUGCUACUGAUUUUUGUAUUCUUUCUCAUUUGUUUUGCUUAUUUUGCAAAGAUUGCUAGGCUGAGAUUAUGACUUCCAUAAUUUGUAUGCCAAGUUCAUACAUCAAAAUUUGUUUUUUCUGCUCAAGGCUGGAUUUCUUCCAGAAUGGAUAGGCUGACGCAUAUCCCUAGCAUCACUCUUUCUUCAAUCAA